AUGAUUAGAGAUAAUAAAGCCUGGAGGAGAGCACUCAGACAGCGUGAUGUCCAAGAAUGCCUUGCACCCUCGUCAAGAGCGGCAAAAUCAAAUAUGGGGCCUCUUUUUCGUCGUGGCUGCACUGACAACGUCUACAGUUUACGGUUUGUAAACUUUUUGCGUGCAUCCGAUGAUUCGUCUCCAAACACUCGUGAGAGACAAAAAGCACUCCAACAGCGCAUGCAGGCAUUGUGGAAUCCAAGUACAAAAAUCUCCAGUUGCUCUUCUGAUACUUUACUCCAUAACCUCCUUUUGCACCAGCUAAAGUUACAUGGGUUUUCCUUGGGCUACAAGGAAAGUCGUGAUGCUAUAUUAAAGGAACAAGUGCGUGAGGCCUCUCAACGUCGGAAAAAACAAAACACACAGGAAGAAAAGGAAAGAAUAGAGAAUUAUAGGCAAAAAGAGAACGAAAUUUGUAAUAACGAAUUUCAACAGCGAAAGCUAAUUAUGAAUAAGGAAAAACAACGCCGAGAUAGAAUAGUUGCUGACAUGCACGAACAAGAAUUGAUCAUAAUGACCAAUGCUGAGUUCGCUCAACGGCGAAAAAUAUUCCAAGAAGCAUAUGCUCAAUAUAAUAGCAUAAGAGAAGAGGCAGAUAGAGAACUUCAGUCAAUAACUGGAAUAUCAUUGGUACAUUUAAAAGAAUACUUUGGUAUCAUACAACAAGAAAAAGAUCAACGACACAACAUUAUACAUCUCUUUCAAAAACAAAGAAAAUCUAUGAAAACACAGCUACACAUGCAACUACAAAAAUUGGUGCACGCAGAAAUUGAGCGGAUAACUCAACAAGAGAAAAUCAUCCACCAGUUAAUACAGCUCAACAGUACGAUACAAGGCAGUGUACUACAUCAGCAAAAGUAG